UUAACAAAUGAAUAUUUGCCCUCUCAACUGAACGCCGUCGUAUCAAGCACCCUUCUUUAUCAACUGAACGCCGAGCUUUCUAUCGUUUUUCUUCAAUCUCUGCAAAAACCCUUGCGCAGUGAACGAAACAGAAAUCCUGAUUUUCGUUUUUGGAAUUGAAUUUGGUUCGGAGAAUGACAGUGGCGAGCUCAGUGGUCCACGAAGUGCUGGGCCGGAGGGCCGAGGACGUAGACCAGCCCAUAAUCGACUACAUCGUUAACGUCCUCGCCGACGAGGACUUCGAUUUCGGCGACGAUGGAGAAGGUGCUUUCGACGCUCUCGGCGAGCUCCUCGUCGGCGCUGGCUGUGUUAGCGACUUCGCUGAAUGUCGCUCGGUUUGUAGUAUAAUAUCCGAAAAGUUUGGCAAGCAUGGGUUGGUUAAAGCUAAACCAACUGUACGGAGCCUUGCAGCACCAGUUAGAAUGGAUGAUGGGAUGGAUGAGGGGGAAGCUCCAAAGAAGAAGGUUGAGGCGGUUGAUGGCCCUUUGUUAACUGAACGUGACCGAGCUAAGAUAGAAAGAAGAAAGAGGAAGGAUGAGCGCCAAAGAGAGCAACAAUAUCAAAUACAUUUAGCAGAAAUGGAAGCAGUUAGGGCAGGAAUGCCUGUUGUAUCUGUAAAUCAUGAAAGCAUUGGUGGGCCAAAUGUCAAGGAUAUCCGUCUGGAGAACUUCAAUGUUUCGGUGGGUGGCCGCGAUCUAAUUGUGGAUGGUUCAGUAACACUUUCUUUUGGAAGGCAUUAUGGCCUUGUUGGAAGAAAUGGUACAGGGAAAACAACAUUUCUUAGGCACUUGGCUAUGCAUGCCAUUGAUGGCAUUCCUAAGAACUUCCAAAUAUUGCAUGUGGAGCAAGAAGUGGUGGGUGAUGACACAUCAGCCUUGCAAUGUGUUCUGAACACUGAUGUUGAAAGAACUCAACUUAUGGAAGAAGAAGCUCGUCUCCUCACUAAACAGAGAGAACUGGAGUUUGAGGAAACAACAGAAACGAGCGAUGGGGCAAUUGACAAAGAUGCUAUUGGACGGAGGCUUCAGGAGAUAUACAAAAGGCUUGAGUUCAUUGAUGCUGAUUCCGCAGAGUCACGUGCAGCUUCCAUUCUUGCGGGUCUUAGUUUCUCUCCGGAGAUGCAGCGAAAAGCCACUAAAGCAUUUUCUGGAGGAUGGAGAAUGCGAAUAGCUCUUGCUCGUGCCCUGUUUAUAGAGCCUGAUUUGUUACUACUUGAUGAACCCACGGUCUGUUGUUCAUAUACCCCUUUAGGCUUUUUAUAUUAUUCUGUGUGCCUGGUUUUCAUUUUUCCGCCUCAUGUGUAUCCUUUUUUCUUUUUCCAGAACCAUCUUGAUCUUCAUGCUGUCCUCUGGCUGGAGACUUACCUGGUGAAGUGGCCGAAAACAUGUAUAGUUGUUUCUCAUGCUAGGGAAUUCUUGAACACGGUGGUCACUGAUAUCCUUCAUCUUCAUGGGCAAAAAUUAAAUGCCUACAAGGGGAACUAUGAUAUAUAUGAGAGGACACGAAUUGAACUGGUCAAGAACCAACAGAAAGCUUUUGAGUCCAACGAGCGUUCAAGAGCACACAUGCAGACUUUUAUUGAUAAGUUCCGUUACAAUGCGAAGAGGGCCGCACUUGUUCAAUCAAGAAUUAAGGCAUUGGACCGGUUGGGACAUGUGGACGAGAUUGUAAAUGACCCUGACUAUAAAUUUGAGUUCCCAACUCCGGACGACAGACCUGGUCCUCCUAUAAUAAGUUUCAGUGAUGCAUCAUUUGGUUAUCCUGGGGGGCCCAUUUUGUUUAAGAAUUUAAAUUUUGGAAUUGACCUUGACAGCCGCAUAGCAAUGGUUGGGCCAAAUGGCAUUGGUAAAUCAACAAUACUCAAGCUAAUUGCGGGGGAGCUACAACCAAUCUCUGGGACAGUUUUCCGUUCGGCUAAGGUUCGGAUUGCUGUGUUCAGUCAGCACCAUGUUGACGGGCUAGAUUUAUCUUCUAAUCCCCUUUUGUAUAUGAUGCGAUGCUACCCAGGAGUGCCUGAACAAAAGCUCCGAUCUCACUUAGGUUCUUUUGGUGUAACUGGAAAUCUUGCACUUCAGCCAAUGUACACUUUAUCUGGUGGUCAAAAGAGCAGAGUUGCUUUUGCCAAGAUAACUUUCAAGAAACCACACAUAAUAUUGCUUGAUGAGCCCUCCAAUCAUCUGGACUUGGAUGCUGUGGAGGCACUAAUACAAGGUCUUGUUAUCUUCCAAGGAGGCAUUCUCAUGGUUAGUCACGAUGAGCAUCUUAUCUCUGGAAGUGUGGAUGAGCUGUGGGUGGUAUCAGAGGGUAGGAUAGCACCAUUCCAUGGCUCUUUUGAGGACUACAAGAAGAUACUGCAGUCAUCUUAGAUAAAAUGUUAUGAAAACUCGGAAGAAUACACAACUCUGGAGCUUGUGCAUGCCGUGGCAUGUGAACAAUAUUUUGAUAUAGUGCACUUGUAUUGUAUGUACCCACAAAUAUGAUUCUUUUGUUUUGGUUCUGAAAAGUUGACUCAUCUUUUGCUCAGAA